UUCGUAUCGGAAAGGCGGGGUAAAGCACUCAGAAAAGGUCUUCACUGUUAUCAGAAAGGACUUUAUUCUCUUGUUUUUAGAUCAUGAUAUUUUUCUAUGAUAUAAGUACCUCUACUUAUAUCAUCAAUAUUGCACAAAAGCAUCGCUCUUGCAGAGUUCAAUGUUUUUUCCCCCCUGAGAUAAGGAGCACAAGAGUGGGCUAUUUGUUGCCGAUUUGUGCCAUCUUGUGGUUACAUUACAGGUUGCAGUCCGUAUACACUCAGGGCAAUGCAAUAUUUAUCAGAGGACAGAAAUUCACCUGUUAUCAUGUGGGUCUUAUGUUAAUUAUUAACGUCUGGUCAAAUUACGAGUGUCUUUAACGGUCAGCAGUUGCAUAGAAAGGACAUUGACAUCCUAGAAACAUUCAGAGCUGUGUUCAAGAGUGGUUUUCUUUUAGUCUUAUAAGGCUUCUAUCUUGACUUAAAAUACACUUUUAAAGAAGAUUUUUCGAUUAAAAUGGAAAUACACACGGAGAAAUGUCAACAAUAGUGUCAGCUCUCUCCCAUGGAGGUGCAGGCAAGGUGUAGCAACAGCAGCUCGGGUCCAGCAUGCUAUGAAGAAGCGUCCGACUCCGUGGCCGUGGUCGUUAUUCCCACUGUGCUGGUGAUCAGUUCUGUGGUCGUGGUGUCCCUCAUCUUCUGCAGUAUCCUCAGGAAGAGGAGAAUCAGCCCGCUGAGCUUCAUAGGCAGCUCAGUGCAGAACACCAACAAAGGUCAGCAUUGUUCUUCCCUGGGUGCAGUGCCUGUGAUCCCCUGUGGAGUGAGAGAGGCUCUGCACCCGUGGGAGAUGCCUGCAGAGUGGGAUGUCGACGGCGUGGAGCUGUUGUGCACGGGGAGCUACGGCCCUGUCUGCGGAGGCUGGCUGACCAGAGAGGGACGCUCCGCAGCAGUGGUGGUGAAGGCGCUCCGGGAUCCCGCCAGCCCGUCUGAAGAAAGAGAGUUUGCUGAGUGGAUUCUGUUCCACGCCAAGGUGUGCAAUAAUAAGAGUGAGCGGCUGGUGCGGAUGCUGUGCUGCCAGGCGCAGCGUCUUCCAAUGUACCUGGUCCUGGAGGCCCACAGCCCAGGCAACCUGCUCCAUUUCCUCUGGGGCCUCAGAGAGGAUUCAGACAAGGGGCCGCUGCACGUCUCGGAGAGGUCAGUGUUUCUGUUGGCGACCCAGGUGGCAGAGGGCCUGGAUUACCUCCUGACUGAACACAGGGUAGUGCAUGGUUACGUCGCUGCAAGGAACAUUCUGAUUGGCCCAGACCUGUCUGCCAGGGUGUCUGGAUUGGGCACAGCAUUUGCCGAGCACCAAACAGACAGAACUACAAGGGAGCGGCCCAUGGAGGUACCCCUGAAGUGGCUGGCUCCUGAGAGGAUAACCAACCAGCCAGCCUUCCACAGGAGUGAUGUGUGGUCGUUUGGAAUCUUAUUAUAUGAACUAAUAACCUCAGGGUCCCCUCCAUAUCCUGAGUUGGAACCCCAGUCUGUGCUUCCACAUCUUCAGAGUUCCUACCGAAUGGAACAACCAGAAGGCUGCGGGGCCCCUCUGUACAACCUGAUGAAGUACUGUUGGAUGUGGAGCUUCAAGGACCGUCCAACCUUCUCCGCAAUCAUCAAGCUGUUGGGGUCCACCUUGGACCUGGCCGCUACAGAAGCCCUGCCGUCCCAAGGGCUCAUAGACCCCGCUCAAUACAACAAGAUAGCAGGCAUACAUCCCCACUUAUGGCAGCUGUCACCAGACAUCCCAAUCAAACAUGAAUCCAGUGCGUGUUAGGGUGAUGAUAGUGUGUUGGGGUUUUUAAAGACAUUCUGUAUGGUGAAUACUAUGGUUGUGAUCAAGCGUAUACUGGACAUGGUCAAAUACCAUUAUGAUUGAUUGAAAACAGCGCAAAGGAGUCAAGUUACAUUUGACACAAUGAUACAAGAUAGGUGUGCUACUUUGUAAGAGCAGUAUUUCCAUAAUUCAAAAAAAUGCCAGAAAAUACAUCAUAUUGCAGUCUUUUUAUUUUCAAAAUGAGCAGAAUCAAAAAUACAGAUUUUUGUACAUGCCCUUAUCUGCUGUGCAAAUGUGGACAAUGACCCGACAAUGCUCAGAAUGCAUACAACACUGACCUUGCAGUUUCAAAGUGGGAGGACAUGAAAACAUUGGGAAUGAAUGUGGUGUUUAUUUAAUCAGAACUGGAAUGCAAUAAGUUAUGGAAGCCGCAGAUAGAAGAGCAGCAAAACCAUAUCUAGUUCGAUGUUUACAAUUUCAACAUUGCAGGCAACUUAAUUGACAAUUAUUGUAUGCCAGUUAUUUAUAAAGAACAGCAAUUUCAUUCUAGGUCCUUAUUUUCUUUCAAGUUUUUUAACAAAGGAUAUUAUUCUAAAUGUAGACACAAAUGUAUUCAUGCAUGGAUUACUUUUGAAAGUCAAACCAAAUAGCCUCAUAAAACAGAGGCAAAGAUGUACAAGCAAAAUGCCCAAAUACCAAAAUCCAAUAGAGAAAAGAAAAAAAACAUAGAAUCGAUCAUGGUAAUAUUAAAGUCAUCGUUUAAUUCGCAGUAUCCUAAAAUCUGAAUAACAAAUAUUUCAAAUGAGAUGUUACAUAGAUGAUUGAUUUAUGAGUUGUAUUUUUAUAGAAUUGGUCAAAGCGCCUUUUCUCAACAAGUGUUAGAAUUGGAUACAACAUUUACCUCACGUGUUGACUACAGUCAAAGGGAAUGACAAUAUAUCUUUAUAUAUACUGACAGUAUUUGUGCUGAUACAAACUCCCCGUCAAUACAAAGCUGCCAUAAUGCUGUAAUAGACAUU